AUGCUCCUCCUCUCUCCCACGGUGCCAGGUCUCUCGGAGAGCCUGCACCACCACUUUCCCCGGACAAGAGCCGUUUUGUGCAUGCAGGAAAACAACAUGGCAGACUCCGCUGUGCGAUCCGAGCAAAGAAACGGCGGGAUUUUGAUUAACGAUGAUUGGCCAGGCUACAGUUUAGACCUCUUCAGCUACCCUGCUCACUACGCCGGAGAUUUAGACUGCGUCUUCAUCCCGCAUGGCGUCAUCAUGGACAGGACAGAACGUUUGGCUCGAAACAUCAUGGAUGACCUGGGGGACCACGACAUCGUGGUGCUGUGUGUGCUGAAGGGAGGCUACCAGUUCUGUGCCGACCUGGUGGACAGGAUCAAGGCUCUCAGCUGCAACUCCAACCGCACGAUCCCCAUGAGGGUCCACUUCAUCCGUCUCAAGAGCUACCUGAAUGACCAGUCGACAGAGGAUCUUCACAUAGUCGGAGCAGAGGAUUUGUCUUUUUUAGCUGGAAAGAACGUACUGAUUGUCGAGGCCAUAGUUGGCACUGGAAAGACAAUGAAGACACUCCUGAAGCAUGUUGAGGCCUUCAAGCCCAAAAUGAUCAAAGUAGCGGGACUACUGGUGAAGAGAGUGCCACACAACUCAGCAUGUCGCCCCGACUAUGUCGGCUUUGAGAUACCCAAUCGGUUUGUGGUUGGAUAUGCCUUAGACUACAAUGAGUAUUUUAGAGACUUGAAUCAUAUCUGUGUGAUCAGCGAAAGCGGGAAGAUGAAAUACAAGAUUUAAAAAAAAAAAAAAACCUAACCCUGACUGCAAAAGAAGGCGUCUGUUACACAGAUGUCAUCCAACAGCAAGCCUGAACAUUUUUCCUGGGAUGCCACUCACUCACAGCUGCUAUCGUGACAUUUGAUCUCAAGCAUCUCCUGUUUUGUUGUAGCAUUCCUUCUAUGAAUCUGUUUUAACAAUAGACACUGAAGCUUAACGGGUCAUUUUGUUUUAGCAAAUCAAGCACAUGUUGCAAUUUUAUUCUUCACGUUUACAGACGUUAUACAUAUGGAAAAUGUUUAACGCUUUGGUACUGUUUGCCUUUGUUAGUUUGACUCUAACACAAAUGCCAUCUCAAUUCUAAUACAUCUUGUAUGUAAUGUAAAGAACUGUAUAAUCAUAACUUGUAUGAGUUGUUUUAUGAGGAAAUUAGUAAUAGGAGUUUACAUUUUUUCCACCUGUUGAUGCCUUUUUGGUGUUUCAUUAGCACAUCAGCUGUCACCUUUAAUGCUCAGGGGCAAACAAAGUAGUUUUGUAAACACUAUGUUCUAACUACCUCUGUUUUUUCAGUGUUUUGGGUACAUCUGGAUACUUUUAUAGUUUCUGUAUUUUCCUUUUAUUAUUUGACACACUAGGAAAGAGUUUCUAGCAAUUGGGUGGUAUCUAUAACUACAUUAUUCUCACACUCUCUCUUGAAUUACAAAAUGUAUUUUUAGAGACAGAAACAACUUGUCAUAUAAAAAGAAGAGCUCUGAGUCAUUGAAACAUGUUGAAUGGUGUGAUUAAAUCAUGCUUUUUUAUACAGUU